AUGGGCAUCAACGGCUUCUUGCGGCAGCUCCACGACGUUGUGGACACGACGCAUCUACAGCGAUUUGCAGGGCAGACGCUGGCGGUGGACGCGCUAUCUUUUCUACACAAGGCCUGUUAUGGCUGCGCAUUUGAGCUCUCGACGGGCAAAGAGACGGAAGCUUACGUCCAUUAUAUGUUGCGUAAGGUUCAUAUGAUGCGGAGCUAUGGCGUGGCCGAGGUCAUUCUCGUGUUUGACGGACAGCGACUGCCACUGAAGUCUUUGACGCAUGAGAAGAGAAAGAGGUACAAGGAAGAAAACCGAAGACGAGCUCUGGAGGCCAUGGCCGACUCGAAGAAAUUGCAAGGAACGGAUCGCUCAGACAAAGUCAACAAAGCUUACCAGCUCUUCCAGAGAUCGGUCUCCAUUACUCCACAGAUCAUCUCCACUGUAAUGAACGCGCUGCGAGCAGCCAGAAUCCCAUUCGUUGUGGCGCCGUUUGAAGCUGAUGCGCAGAUGGUGUGGCUUUGCAAGAAUGGCUUUGCAGCAGGGAUUGUAACGGAAGACUCGGAUGUGGUAGUGUACUGCCUCACUGCUGAUGUCUCGUGCCCCGUUCUUGUCAAACUGGAAGAUAACGGUGCUGCCCAGGCCGUGUCGCGGUCCAUACUCCACAAGAACUCGGCAAAAGCUACUUCAAACGCCUUACUGAGAAAAAUCCAUUUUCUUACAUCAAGAGAUAAAGAAGCCAUCCGCAUGUUUGUGCAAGUGUGCGUUCUAGCUGGCUGCGACUUCAUCGACUCACUUCCGAACGUGGGGUUUGCCACGGCAGUCAAACACAUCUUCAAUUUUCGGGGUGCACCCGCUCACUUGCGCGUCCAGCGGUUGACUAGCAAGCUAUUGAGCUCGGGCACAAAGGUCCCUGCUGAAUUUCUGCAGGAGUUUGUCAAGGCAGAAACCAUUUUCUUCCAUCACAUCGUCUUCAAUCCCGAUAAACGCUGCUGUGAGCUCCUCGUCCAUGAGAAACACAUCAACUGUUUCCCUGACGUUCUGCAGCGUGCGAAAGAGUCGUUGGGCAUCGCGUUAUCCGACGAGGUCGACCUAAUGUCAAGCGUUCGGCGUGGAGAUCUGCGUGCAGUGAGUGCCGCAACAAAAAGCUUUCUUGGCGAAGUCCUGUCGUCCGAGAUCGUCGAGCAGAUAUACAAGGGCGAACUGUAUGCGCGCACCCUCCGCAGUCUUUCCGAUAGCCCCGCAAGUUCACGAAAGCAAAGAAGUUUUGCGGCAUCUCACUUUGAGACUUCAUCCAGCGUGCAGCGCAAACCACUUGGCACAUCUGUCGACCAGCCGACGCGGAAGGAGGUUCCACAACUUUCGUCCGUUGCGGUCGCGCAACAGAUUGAAAACAAGAAGCGCUUGCAAGCAAACGAGCGUGCUGUGUCAUUACAUGGUCUAAUGAGCGUGUACAAAGCUACGAAUGCAGCAGCGGCAUCAGCAACAAAUGGAGCAGUGACGUUGACAGCAUCAACGCAAGCGUUGAAUGCGGUGCACCUAAAUGGUAGCAAACCCAGCUCCAGUGCUGGUCCAUCUGCUCAAGCAAUCAUCAUGUCGGCAGCUUUGUUGGAGGUCAAGUCGUCGAAGGUAACCGCAAUGUCAAUGAAGGAUCUUGUCGCAAAGCACUCCCAAUCUGUCCGACCAGCGAAAUCUCCUCGUGUCGAAGAAGCACCUGCAAAAGUCGUGACACAAAGCGCACCCGGGUCUCGAAAGAGACCACGACAAGAAGGAGAGCCGGUUGCUAGAGUUGCGAUAGCCCGAACACUCGUUCACAAGCCGCCUCUUCCGAACAGCAGCAGAAAGACUCUGUUUGACUUCUUCCAGAAACAAACCUGA